CACUGCCCGUGUCUAUUGAAUUAUCCGUGGCAAAUAAGCUCGUCUCUUUAGCUCUGAUCUAAAUAUUUUUCCGUUUCCAUGUUUAGCUAAAUCGGACGUGGAAGAGAAAGCGCUGUUGCUGACACUUGUUGCUGUUUAACAUUGAUCUGUCUUUCAAAAACAUCGACCAUGUGACACAAGAAGGGUUGUCAUCCCAGCAUGCAAUGCGAGGCACGAAUUCUAAAAGACGUGAGUGAACUCGAGCUAGCUAGGUACCAAAUUGAUUAGCCUGCUAGAUUUCCGGUUUGGUGCUAGAUGGAGUUGUGUAUUGGCUGAGUGAAGCUGCCAACCAGUGAGUGAUUGGAUGAUGAGCAGUCCUCUGCUAAGUGGGAGCAGCCCCGGCUCGAGUGGGGCCUCGGAAUCCACUGACCUCUUCAGGGACCUAUGCGGUCGACUCAAAGACUGUCACGAUAGUGCACUGCAAGGUUUGCAAACCAAAGUGAACAAGCUGAAGAAGGAGCGAUGUUUAGAUGCCCAAAGACUGGAGGAGUUCUACAGCAGACACCAGCAGUUGAGGGAGCAGCACAAAACCCUGCGGGACACUGUCACAGUUCUGGAGGACAGGCUGCGAGCAGGGCUGUGUGAUCGCUGUUCUGUCACAGAGGAGCACAUGAGGAAGAAGCAGGUGGAGUUUGAGAAAGGCCGUCAGCAGAACAUGCGCCUCAUCGCAGAGAUCAUGACAGAGAGGAACAGCCUGCAGGAUGAGAACAGAAAGCUGAGUCUUGAGUUGGAUAGACUGAAUGGAGCUCUCUCCGUGUCUCCUGAGCCAGAGGAGGCGGUGAUUCCAGACUCUCCGCUGCAGAAGAUCUCGCUGCCUGUGGUCAGCAAGAUGAGGAGGAGGAAGGAGACCCACCAUGUCCGCUACGCCGAGAAGUCCCUGUCUCAGUCUCAGAGCUCGGCGCUCAACGAACCAAGGAAAGGAUUGCCCUCCCGAACCGCGCAGAGCCAAGGAAACGGCAUACUGGUGCCUGAAACGUGUUACAUGGACGCCACCCAGACCCAACAGUGCAGCAGCCAGGGCCAUGAAGGUGCUGUAGUGGCAGAGACGUGUCGCCUGGAUCUCCCUGAUGAUCCACUGCCUAUCCCCCAGAGAAAGGGUCCCCUCCUGGGCUGUCCCGGCACCACCACCACUGAGGACAGACCCCUGUCCCUCCUCCCCCGCCUGAAGCUCAUCCCCGCCAAUGCCCAACGGCGCCACCUGGAGGGGAUAGCCCGCAUCGCACCUCUUAGAGCCACUUCCACCCCAUGUGGCGCCUCUCACCGAGAGCUGGAGAGAGGCAAGAGGAGGAAAAGUAGCGAGGAGGAGGAAGAUGAGGAAGUGGUUGACAAGCCUCUGGACCUUUCCGACUCCCCACAGAAGGCCCUCGUGCCUCCGCUCAAUGCCCAGAGAGGUAGCAGCGUCCCUGCAUCAGAGAACCAAGACAGAGGCCAAAAGCGGCACAUCCUAUUUAAACAUCCCUCUACCUCUCCAAGUGAUGAGCGAUCCAAAAAUGUGUUGCUUAGUCAGCAGACCCACGAUGUCCACCACGAGCCAAUCAGAAAGCGGAGUCGGGAGGAUACUGAAAAACUGAAGCAGACCUCUGUCCUGCAGGCCAACCCCUGUGCCCGUGUGAAGAGGAGCCCUCCACAGGACAACAAUGGUACUGCAUCAACAACACUGCCCUCCAAUGCCCCUGAAACUCCACUGGGAAAAGCCAAGCUGAUGCCAGCAGAGCAGAUGUGGAGCCUUGACCCAGAGGCAGCCCUCUCCCAGUAUGAUGUAGACACCCCAACUUCAGCAGAGCCCCCCUGUGAAGGUGAGUCUGUCGAUAUGGACUGCACCUUCGUCAGCCCCAGCCUGCUCCACCGAGGAGCUCCAAGAACCAGCUCUGUUACCGGGAUUGGUCAGAGGGCCAACGACAGCUUGGCUGAGAUAUUCGACCGAACAGGCUACGGGGAGUACGAGUCGUGUCCUCAGCAUAACGGCUCAUAUUUGGACAAAGAGGAACCCCAUCAUGGGGAGGAAGAGUUUGAUAAGGAGGAGGAGGAAGAGCAUAAGGAUGCACACAUGCCUCAAAGUGGAACACCCAAUGGAGAACGCAAAGACAGUAAAAACCUAUCGUUUGCACACGUGGAGGUGGUCCGCAAGAAAGCUGAGAGGAGGAAACUCAAGGGGCACACGUGUAAAGAGUGUGAAAUCUACUAUGCCGACCUUUCAGAGACAGAGAGGGUGAAGAAGUUGUCAGCCUGUUCUCGGCACCGCUUCCGUUAUCUUCCUCCAUCAACCCCAGACCACUUUUGGGAAGUCGGCUUCCCUUCAACACAAACCUGUGUGGACAGAGGUUAUGUAAAAGAAGAUAAUGAUCCAGAACAGCGCUUAAGGAGGAGAAGACCUUACAAUGCCUCCCCCAAAGGCAAAGAGCAGAAGACUUAAACCAGUAGGGGAAAAUACCCAAUCAAACAUAAUUUAAAACUGUAUUUAAUUUUCACUGCAACAAUCUGCCAGUAUCAUAAUCCUAGUGCCUCAAAGGUAUACGUGUGCCUUUAGUGGUAUAUACACCCAGACAUAUUUCAGAUUCUUAUAAUUGUUCAAAACAAUUGAAUGGACCAUCAGGUCUCCCAAUUUCCUCAAAAAAUGAAUACAGAAUAUGCAGCAAGAACCUCUGCUCAGUUAAUUAUUCUUUGUGAAACUAAUAUGCACCGUUGACCACUCUUCGGCUGUCCCCAUAGGGGAGAAGUACUUUACACCACUGCCUAUGGGGACAGCCAAGGAACCCUUUUUUUGUCUGUUUUAUUUUGGUGCAUUUGUAGAUAACCCCCUUAAUGCCAUUUUUUUUUAUGUUACUCACCUUCAAGUAUAUCACAUCCUAGGAAAUUGUAUUUAAGUUCAAAUAAGCAAAUAUUUUAAUGGAAAUAUAUAGAAUCUUUAUUUCUGCUUUACAGCAAGUUGUAGAAAAGGCAUAGUAAAUGAAAAAGAAUCUCAAUUGAAGCAUACAUUAUUGUGAUAUUUGUUCCAAAAGCAAAAAAAUAUCACUGGGAAAUUGAGUGCAAGUAAACUCGUUGAAACAUUUAGUGAGGUAGAAGUAGUUUCUUUCGCAAAGGUCUCAUCGCACUUGGGAAGUACUUUCAGAGUACACCAGCAGGGCUUCUCCAACAUGGCUGAAGAAAACACUAAGGAGCAAGCCAACACAAAAUCACUGAAGUAAAUAGUAUACCUAAAAAAUAGUAACUUCAACAAACACCAUGAUCACCAAACUUGAUAUAGGCUUUAAAGUAGCAGACUACAAAAUGACUGAGUCUCCAGGGAAUAUCAUCAGCUGCUAUUUGUCUUGAAUGUAAAAUUGGUGACUGGAUAGAUAGACAUUAUUUACACAGGUAGAGAACUCACCAGCAGAAAGAUGGCGUGUUAACUUCAAUGUUAAAAACAAGUGGGGAUAGGCAUGUGGCAAACACCUAGACAGGGUAGAGCAAGACAUGGAUAUGUAACUGGCACAGCCACUGUCCUUGAAGGAAAUCUAAAACAGAAUGAAUUUACUAUUUAACUGUCGGUUUUAUGACAAUCGUUUACUUAGGUUAUUACGGCAGGUUUUCUGCCAAUUACUAAUACCUUUUUCUGUAGAGGGGAGAUGGUGGUAGAAGGUAACAAAUAAAGAUAUGUUUACCAUUGAUCAUUAA